AUGUCAACGAUUGUGUUAGGAGGAGGUCUCUCUGGCCUAUCGGCAGCGUACUAUUUGAAAAAAAUGCUGCCGAAAGUUCCAAUCACUCUAUUGGAGGCUUCAGAUAGAAUCGGAGGCUGGGUUCGAUCUAACAAAGUCGACGACUGCAUUUUCGAAGAAGGACCUAGAACUAUCAGACCACGUGGCAGCCCGGCUGCCUUCAAUACCCUCGAGCUGAUCGACGAACUGGGACUCGCAAACGAAAUAGUUCCUAUACUUUCUAACCACCCUGCAGCUAAGAACCGAAUGAUAUUCGUCAAUGGCAAGCUUCAUAGUCUGCCAAAUUCACUAAUUAGCCUUUUCAAAAAACAAGAACCUUUUUCAAAACCUUUAAUCCGGUAUUUACUAAACGAUUUAACUGCCCCUAAGAAAAAUGUCAAAGAUGAACCUAUCUACGAUUUUGUAAAUAGAAGAUUCGGUAGCGAGUUUGCUGACUACCUGAUAAGUGCUCUUAUUUGUGGUAUUUGUGCGGGAAAUGCCAAGGAAAUCAGCGUCAAUUUCUUGAUGAAAAAUUUGUUUCAAUAUGAGCAACAAUAUGGAAAUAUUACCAAAGGAAUGUUGAAGAAUUUAUUUGAUUCGAAUAAGGUGAAACCAAAAGGUUUGGCACUGAAGGCAAAAAAAGAGAAAUGGAGUGUGUACUCAUUCAAAAAUGGUUUAGAAACACUACCCAAAGCAUUAGAAAAUAAACUACUGGAUCAUAAAGUAGAAAUUUACGUGAAUACCACAUGUAAAGAAAUCGAUUUACCUUGCAUAGAUGACAACGGGUUAGUUUUUUUAGCAGAUGGUAGGAUUUUGAAUGCCUUCCAUGUUAUUAGUACAGUAUCAUCACAAUGUCUCGCGAAGGUUGUUCACAAAGAACACCCUCAGCUUGCAGAUUUACUGAACAAAAUCAAAUGUGUUACUGUGGGUGUCGUCAAUCUUAAAUACAACAAGCGGUUGAUAACAAAAGAUGGAUUUGGUUUUUUGGUACCCCCAAACGAAAAACUGCCUAUAUUAGGUGUAACAUAUGACAGCUGUUGUUUCCCUAAUGGUGACAAUACCGUUCUUACAGUUAUGAUGGGUGGUGCCUGGUUCAAAGAUCUAUUCGGCGAUUACCCUGAUAAGCAAGAUUUAUUAAAAACAGCCAAAGAACAGUUAAAAACCACUUUGGGUAUUACAGAUGAACCAAUAAACUUUAAAGUUUCUAUUCAUCAGAAUUGUAUUCCUCAAUAUACUGUCGGCCAUACUGAAACUGUGGAAAAAAUAAAUGCUUACAUUAAAAAUAAUAAAUUGUCUUUAUCUUUAUGUGGUUCAUCUUACUAUGGUGUUGGGAUCAAUGAUGUGAUAUUGUCCGCUAAAAAUGCUGUUAAUGAUCUUAUGGAGGAUGUCUAA